AGAUUCCGGUGCUCUGCGGCUGCGUCGACUGGCGACUUGGCUGGUUGAAUGGCUGGCUGGUGGCCCCUCUGGGUCGGUCGGCAAUCGUUUUUCGCCUGGCCAAAAUCCUGCAGACGUGUUCGAGAGCUUUAGAACGUUGUUUGCAAUUGCGGAAAGCGGUUUGCGAGGCACGAGACACGGCGAUAGUUUUUAAUAGAAGAAGCAGCAAAUAAAAAAUAAUACAAAAACACAAAAAACACAAAAACCAAAAAAAAAAGAACAGAAAGAACAGCAGAAAGAGUGCAGAUGCAAGAAAAAGCCGAUUAGUUCGCAGCCAGCGGAACAAUAGUUUAUUGAGUUUAUUGAGGAAUAAUCCCCGAGUCGGCGCCCCAAAGAUCCAACAAAAACCCCAGAAACAACUGAAUUACCAGCCCAGGCAAAACAGUACAAUGUAAACCUAAAACCUAAAGCAAACCUAAGCGCAAGGAUAACAAAUAAAUCACAACUACUCUCGACUACCGUUUCAAUGGAUUCUGGCGAAUUUUCCGAGUUUCCCACAUUUCCGUAGCACCAAAGGAUAUCGCUUGCUCAUAACUUGAGACGGAUUUUGAUGCAUUUUAAUCUACUGCUACGGUUGUAAUAAAGAGGCGUUUGGAGGAACGUUGCGAAGAGUGAAUACUAGAAUUGAAUUUGCCAUCACUGUCUUGUUUAUUUUCCGAGCUUCCUUGAGCCAAGCCAAGCCAAGUCGCUGCGCCGUGUGAUGAACGCACUAUGCCAGCUGCAUCCGGAUGCCAUUGAAAGCCUAGCCACAGUCACAGUCCCAGUCACAAACGCAAACGCAAACGCAAAACCACUGCCACAGACACCCAGCAGAAUCCAGAUACCAGCCCGAUCCAAAUGAAAAUGAUGUUAAAGCUGAAAUUGAAUUGGAGAAUGUCUGGUUGAAGCGGUGGAGCGAACUCCCAUUCUCGAUAUGCUUUAGAACUGCAAAUCAAUUCAAUAUAGCACAGGACACAGAAUACAGAAAACAGAAAACAGAAUACAGAAUAAAGAAUAUAGGAUAUAGAUACAGAUACAGAUACAGAUACAGAUAUUGAUACUGAGAUACUGAGAUACUGAUACUACUGGAGGGAAGUUAACUAAUGCAAACAGAUAUUUUUAAGUACCAUAUGAAGGCAGUUUUCUAUAAAUUAUUACCGCGAGGACUUAGGAGAGAAAACUAAGACUUAGAAGUGGGGCUGGAUUGGACAACUUCACUUUUAAUCACAAUAUCGCAGCCGCCGUCAUGUGGAUAAAUAUCGCCAAUUUAAUCCUCAUCAUUGCUCAGCUGUGCGUUUUCGUCACAUCUGCAGGGGAAGCAGAUUACACACUAGAUGAUUCAUUUUGGAAUGAAGAAAGUCCUGUUGGAGAAGUGGAACGUUUACUUAAGGAGUACAGGCAAAACCAAGAGCUUGUCCGUCGAAUUGGUGGUCACUAUUACCAAAUUAUAUAUCCAGUACAGCUGCGCCAUCACGAGAAGAUGGGCAUAUCCACGCGCGAAGUCAGUCUCCCAAAGCCGGGACAAAGACCUCGACCUCAUGACGACAGCGGGUUUAACAGGGGAAGAACAAAGAAACACUUCCAUCGCACAUCGCUGCUGAUUAAAGCAUUUAACCACAAAUUCCGCUUGGACCUGGAGCUCAAUUCACAACUUCUUUCGCCAAACAUACAACAGAAACACUACCACGUGGGUGGAUAUCUUGUGGAUGGAAAUCGACAUGAUAUCGAGCACUGCUACUACCACGGGACCGUGAAGGAUUAUCCCGGAGCCAGUGCAGCAUUCCACACCUGCAACGGCGUAAGUGGCGUCAUCCACAUCGGUAACGAGACCUUCGUCAUCCAUCCCUUCUACGGCGGGGACCUGUCCAAACAUCCUCAUGUCAUCUUCGAGGCGCGCACGAAGGCGAACAAAGGGUGCGCCAACUCGGGCAAUAUUGAAUCCUGGCGGCUAUCGCGCCGCACAAAGCACUUGUCCGCCGGAGUUUCCGGCGUCGUGGAAGAGAUCCUCCAGGCGGGAGUGGGCCGCAACAAGCGGGAUGUGCGGGAGGCCACCAAGUACAUUGAGACGGCCAUCAUCGUGGACAAGGCAAUGUUCGAUAAGCGCAAUGGCAGCACUCGAGCGGAGGUCAUCCACGAUGCCAUUCAGGUGGCCAACAUAGCCGAUCUGUACUUUCGCACGCUGAACACACGCGUCUCGGUUGUGUACAUUGAGACUUGGGGCAAAAACCAGGCGGUCAUCGAUGGCAGCAAGGAUAUCAGCAAGGCAAUAUCCAACUUCAACGACUACACCUCCCGCAAUCUGUUCCAAAUCGAGCGAGACACCACACAGCUGCUCACUGGCGAAACCUUUGCCGGCGGCGAGGCUGGCAUGGCCGUUCCCGAAACUGUUUGUACGCCCCGUGCUGUCGGCAUCAGCGUGGAUGUGAAUGUAUAUGAGCCGCACCUUUUGGCCGGCACAAUGGCCCACAUGAUUGGCCAUAACAUCGGCAUGGGACACGACGACGGACGCGAGGAGUGCUUCUGCCGUGACUGGCACGGUUGCAUCAUGGCCCAGUCGAUUGUGGGCCAGGAGAAUGUCCAGCCAUACAAAUUUUCCGAGUGCAGUAAAAAAGAUUACAUUGACGCAUUGCGGACUGGCCACGGACUGUGUUUGCUCAACAAGCCAAAUGAGAUUGAGUUGCGUCGAAACUGCGGCAACAAGGUGGUCGAGGAGGAUGAGGAGUGCGACUGUGGAACCUUCGAGGAGUGCGCUCUGGACCAGUGCUGUGAUGGCAUAACGUGCAAGUUGAAGUCGGAGGCCCAGUGUGCCAGUGGUGCCUGUUGUGACCAGUGUCGCUUGCGGCCAAAGGACUACAUUUGCCGUGACUCCAAUAACGAGUGCGAUCUGCCCGAGUACUGCGAUGGCGAGAUUGGUCAAUGUCCCUCGGAUGUCUUCAAGAAGAACGGCUCUCCAUGCGGACUGAGCAAGACUGGCAUCUCAGGCUACUGUUUUCAAGGAUAUUGCCCCACGCUGAGUUUGCAAUGCGAAGCCAUUUGGGGCUAUGGCGGCUCUGCUGCGGAUCGUCAGUGCUAUGAACAAUUCAAUUCUAAAGGCUCAAUCAACGGGCAUUGCGGUCGGGAUGCCAAUGAACAUUACAUUAAGUGCGAACCAGAGAACGUCCAGUGCGGAACCCUGCAGUGCAAGGAUGGGGAACGGCAGCCAGUGAACGAUGGCAUCGACCAGCUCUACUCGAGAACAAUCAUUUCGAUCAAGGGUCAGGAGUUCGAAUGCAAGGCGACCAGCGGGCAAGUGGGUUCCAACAGCUAUCCGGAGCACGGCCUGGUCAAGGACGGAACUCCGUGCGGUGAUAAUCUAAUUUGCCUCAACCAGACGUGUGUCAGUCUCUUCCCCCACGUGGAUCAGACCAAGUGCCCAGCCAAUUCACAGGGCCAAGAGUGCUCAGAACACGGCGUCUGCACCAAUACGAACCGCUGUUUUUGCGACAUGGGAUGGGGCGGCAACGACUGCAGCUCUGUCGUGCUGCUCACAACAGCACUGCCAACCGAAGCACUGCCCACGCCGGAAAACACCAUCAAGAUGGAGAAGAAAGAAACCCCAUAUGGCACCUCUGACCAAAAUAGGAUCAGCACAUUAACCAUGGUCAUCAUUUUAACAGUUAUCGUCAAAUGUGUCUUCAUUAGUUUUGCAACACUGGCCGUUUGCUACAGGCGAAAGACCACUACGCUGAAGUACGACCCGCCCUAUUCGAAGAAACCAAUUGCCAAGAGCUACGGUGGAGCGGCGACGGCACCCAACCAUCACUCCGUGGAAGAGGUCUCCUUGGACGGAUCCAGCAAGUUAGUCUAUGCCAAUCAGACCGGCUUCAGGGACAAGGGAAUCCAUGGACGACGCUACACGACAUGUGGCGAGGACGACCAGUCACAUGCAGAGAAGGGUAUAUUAAAGAAGCACGGCUACGGUUUGGUGCACGGUGAGCAGCUAAAAGACAAAUGGGGCGAUGACAAUCAGUCCGAUAAUCUCGAGCUUAUAACCCAAGACGGCACCCUGGCGUCGACAAGCGGCGGAGCGGCUGCCUCCGAGGUGGAGCGCACGCUGAAAUCCCUCAAUGGGUAUCAUGAAGACAUCUUGGAGGCGCUGCGGAAUGCGGCCACGCACCGGGGAACCGGAACCGGAAACACGCCUGUCGGCAGCGGCAGCCUGAGCGAGGAGAUGCUGCGCAAGACCCUGCAGGACUGCAACAACUCCCAGCUGGGCUACUCGGCGGAGCAGUACAAGCGUAACAUUGGAUCCAAGUCCAGUUCGCGGGAGAACAUCUGCGACAAUGCCGCCGUCCAUGCGAUCAUCCUCGAUGGCAGCGGCGGCGGACUCGGCGGCAUGGGACUGGGCUCGAGCGUGGGAGCCGGCGGCGGAUCGACGUCCAUGUCGGGUGGCAUGCCGGGCCAUGGCGGCACCAUGCUCCAUCACCAUCGAUCGCAGCACCAGCUGCAUCAGCCGUCGACGGUGGCGCUGCAGCCGCAGCAGCUGGAUGACGAUGAUGCACCGUCGACGGGACCGCUGCGUAUACGCAAUCUGGAGGACCUGAUCAGGCAGCUAGAGCACCACUCGUCCCGUCACAUGAGUCCCAGCGGAUCCGAGGAUAUACGAAUGUCGGAAACAGAGGCCGAUCGACACUAUAGAUUAGAAAGUUCCGCAGCUUGUAGUGAGUCAUCUCAAGGCUCCAAUCAGCAAAUACCACAAUCUCAGAAAACCGCUACAAUUCAUGCGUCUUACAGCAGAAGCUGUCGUCCCCGUUCCGAUGAGGAGUCCCGAUUCACAUUCGGCGGUGGACGCUACCGACAGCCGGCAUCUUCUGGACGCCAUGCGCCGCACCAGUCGCACUCACCCCACGCAUUCGGACACCACACGCACCACUCCCAUGCCCACGGACAUGCCACGCACGGUCCACACUCGUCCCAUCACUCAUCGCACACCCAUUUGCAGCAGGAGGACGAGGGCAUCUACGAGACCGCUGACCACCACGAGCGCCAGGUGGUCGACGCUCGACUCGACUGCCACGAGACACCAGAUAGCGAGAGUGAUGACUUUAUUCAAGCUCAACAACAGUUAGCCCGGUGGGCGAGUGAGGAUGUGGUAUCCGUCGUGGUAUUGGACCAGCCGCCAUCCGGUACAAUGUCGGAUUCCCAACCAUACAUCGACGUCGGACCCAUUUCGGGGGCUAUAGCGCAGCAGCAGCAGCAGCAGCAUCCGCAUCAGCAGCAGCAUCCACAUCAGCACCACGGCGAUCAUCAUCAAUCCUCCGCAGCGGCAGCGGGAUCGGGAUCGGGAUCGGGAGUGGCAGCGGCGACAUCGGUGGCCAACAGUUCUAUAAUGGCUUUGCCAAUCGUCCCAAAUGGUAUAAGUGUAAGUCAGAGGGACUACUAUCCAUCCCCGCCCUCAACGGAAACGGAAAGCAGUGGAAGUGUUAUCCAGCCGCCCAUUCGUCGCGGUUUGCAAUCGGCGGCAGCAGCAGCAGCAGCAGACCCGGCGGCACUAAGUCAGCAGCAGCAUCAGCAUCAGCAGCAAUUGCAGCUCCUUCAGCUGCCAAUUUAUCAGCAGCAUCAGCAUCCGCAUCAGCAUCAGCAUCAUCAUCAGCAGCAAUCAGGCGAUACCAGCAGCAGCAACAACAGUCAGUCCGAACAAAUCAUCGAGAAUGGCUGCUACCCGGAAUAUAAGCAUUGAUAUUGUUAUCUACAUGUUAGAGGAGAUCAUCCCCAUGGUCCAUCCGAUCCAUACGAUCCAUGUGGGCCAUGUGGGCCAUGUGGCCCAGGUGGUCCACACUGCAUCCGAAAUCGCGCAUAGAUCAACAACCCACUCCACUCCACUCCACUCCACUCCACUCACAUGUGCCCGGAGCCAGCGCGCAGCUAGCUUUCUCUCUAAAUAAAUGAAAUUUGUAUCGACCUUUAUGAUUACUUUAGCAUAGUUACCAAUACGUUGCUCGUGUAUAAGCACAUAAAUAAAUAAAUGAAUUUAGCCCUAAGUAGUUAAGCAAAUAAAUGUAAAUGUGAAGACAGAAGACAGAAACCAAACUAGUUAACGUAAAAUGGAGCAGAGUAAGGCAAAGGAAAUAAAAAUUAGCACAGAAAUUGAAGCGAGGUGGAAAUGGAAAAUGGAAAUGAAUA